AUGUUAGCAAUAUUGUUAUGUACGUAAGUUUACUAUCUUUAAUUUUAGUUAUUAUUUUAGUGAGCUCUAACUCUGCUAUGAAUUUGAGUAAGAGGGAAACUCAAAAAUAUUAAUAAUAGAUGAAUCGUAUUGAAAAACGAUAAAUUGGAUCUUUGAUUAUUUCUAUGCUUUAAUUAGAUAAGCCAUAGAUAAAUUAAUUGAUUGAAUAAUCAAUAGAGGAUUUUGAGUUAGAAUAUUCAACUUUGCAAGAUUAUCACAUUAACAGGAAGACUUAAAUUUAUUAAUCUAUGCAGUAAUUGAAAGCACAACUGUUAGAUUUAGAUUUAUUAUAAUCAUCUUUUAUUGAUGGACCUUAAGAGAAAGAAAGAGAGUUCCAUGAAUAGAAAAUAAUUAGACUUAAUUAAUUGAUUAGUCAAAAUUACAAAACAAUUGAUUAAAAAGAAGUCUAAUUAAUUAAUAUGUAAAACAGGUAAAUGUAUAAGUACUAAUAGAUAUAGUUUAAGUUCUUUAAUAGAUGAAUAUGAUAUAAAUAUAAAUUAUAUUGAUCAAAUAAUUCAAACAAUAGAUUCUAUUUUAUAUGAUGAGUAGAAGGUUGGUAUGAAAUUUUUCUAAAAGAGAGGGAGGGUUAAUGAAAUAUUAGAUUAUUUUGGAAAAUCCACAAUAAAAAAUGUUAAAUUGGAUUUACCAAUGAUAAAAUAAAUAAUUCAAAUAGGAAUAAAAAAUAAUUUUGUAGAUCAAUAAACAUAUAAAUAAGUAAUAAUAGUAAAAUGACAAUAGAUUUAAGAACAUUUAAUUUAAUUAAGAAAUAAGUUGGUAAGUGAAUUAAAUAAUCUAAAUACUGAUAAGAUUGNACAAUAAGCUAAUAUUGUUGAUGUGAAAUCUAUUAAGUCAUCAUUAUUUUUAUUGAUUCAUAUUUAAAAUGAUUAAUAUUAGCAAACCAUAUUAAUAGUUAGUAGAAAAUCAAUAUUUUUUGGAAUUAAUAUGAAUUCAAUGAAUUGA